GAGGCAGCGAUGGGAGUGCGCGCGCACAGCCCCGGCGCCCUCUCUCGCCAUCCCGCUUAACGUUGGCACGAAGGAUGCGGACGAUCAUGGCAUCGGGAGCCCCCGCCAGGCCAGCCCUUGGCGGCGCGGGCCGGACGGGAGCCCCGAAACGGGUAACCUCCUUGCUCAGUUUGGUUUUGGGCAUGAACGUCUGUGCUGGAUUUACAGCUCAUCGUGUCAGAAGAUCUGGUGAAUUUGGGGAAGAGGGUCCCGACUCAGUCUUAUCAGAUUCCCCCUGGAUCAGUACUUAUGGCUCCUGCAAAAACCGAUGCUUUGAACUUGAUGAAGCAGAGCCUCCGGUGUGCCGUUGUGACAACCUGUGCAAGAGCUAUAGCAGCUGUUGUGUUGACUUUGAUGAACUAUGUUUAAAGACAGCUGGCGGUUGGGAAUGUACCAAAGAGCGCUGUGGAGAGACCAGGAAUGAAGAUCAUGCCUGCCACUGUUCAGAAGACUGUUUAGCAAGAGGAGACUGCUGUAGUAACUAUCAAGUGGUUUGCAAAGGAGACACUCCCUGGGUCAUGGAUGAUUGUGAGGAUAUUCGGACUCCAGAAUGUCCAGCAGGUUUUCUUCACCCUCCGCUGAUCAUUUUCUCUGUGGAUGGCUUCCGUGCAUCAUACAUGAAGAAAGGUGAAAAAGUGAUGCGCAAUAUUGAGAAGCUAAGAUCCUGUGGAACCCAUGCCCCCUACAUGAGACCUGUCUAUCCAACCAAAACCUUCCCAAAUUUGUACACUCUGGCAACUGGACUGUACCCUGAAUCUCAUGGAAUAAUUGGAAAUUCAAUGUAUGACCCUGUGUUUGAUGCUAUUUUUAACCUUCGAGGAAGAGAGAAAUUCAAUCAUCGAUGGUGGGGAGGUCAACCGAUAUGGAUUACUGCUGCUAAGCAAGGAGUGAAAGCUGGAACAUUCUUUUGGUCAAACGUGAUCCCUUACGAGCGUAGAAUAUUAACCAUACUGCAGUGGUUAACUAUGGCAGACAAUGAAAGGCCUUACGCUUAUGCAUUCUACUCCGACCAACCAGAUAUGGCUGGCCACAGAUAUGGUCCAUUUAGUUCUGAGGAGAGUAGUUUUGCAUCUCCUCUUACUCCAUCUAAAAGACCUAAAAGAAAAAUCAAUCCUAAGAGGAUUCUGAAAAGACGUGUUGCUCCUUCCAAGAGAAGACGAAAAGUACCUAGAAUGGAACAUUUGUCUGCGGAAUCCCGUCGGAACAAAAUGUUAGGUCCACUAAGAGAUAUUGACAAGAUCCUUGGCCAACUAAUGGAUGGACUAAAGCAGCUGAACUUACACCGAUGUGCCAACAUUAUCUUCGUGGGUGAUCAUGGAAUGGAAGAUGUUACUUGUGAAAGAACUGAAUAUUUGAGCAACUAUCUGUCCAACGUGGAUGACAUAACAUUGAUACCUGGAACUCUAGGGCGUAUUCGUGCCAAAGCUAAUAGUAAUGUUAAAUUUGACCCCAAAGCCAUUGUGGCCAAUCUCACAUGCAAGAAGCCAGACCAGCAUUUCAAACCUUACCUGAAGCAACAUCUACCCAAGCGUUUGCAUUAUGCAAACAACCGAAGAAUUGAAGAUAUUCAUUUGUUGGUGGAAAGAAGAUGGCAUGUAGCCAAGAGGCCUGGAGAUGUGUUUAAGAAAAUAACCGGGAAGUGCUAUUUUCAUGGAGAUCAUGGCUAUGACAACAAAAUCAACAGCAUGCAGACAGUCUUUCUAGGCUAUGGCCCUUCAUUUAAAUACAAGACAAAAGUACCUCCAUUUGAAAACAUUGAACUGUACAACCUUAUGUGCGAUCUCCUUGGUUUGAAGCCUGCUCCCAAUAAUGGGACACAUGGAAGCUUAAAUCACCUCCUCCGGAGCAGUACCUACAGACCCAUCAUGCCGGAGGAAGUGGCAAGGCCACUCCAUCCAGUAGCUACAACACCUUCAUCGGACUACGAUUUGGGAUGCAGCUGUGAUGAUAAGAAUAGGUUGGAUGAACUGAGUCGACGUCCUUAUAGCAAAGGAACAGAAGAAAAGCAUCUCCUUUAUGGCCGCCCAGCGGUUCUUUUUCGUAUAAAGUACAGCCUCUUGCAUCAUCAUGACUUUGAAAGUGGCUACAGCGAAACAUUCCAGAUGCCUCUGUGGACAUCUUACACUAUUUCAAAACAGGCAGAGACGUCUGGUGUCCCAGACCAGGUGAUGAAUUGCGUAAGACCUGAUUUGCGCAUUUCUCCAAGCAACAGUCAGAGUUGUACAGCAUACAGAGUGGAUAGACAAAUGUCUUACGGAUUCCUAUUUCCUCCCCAACUCAGUUCCUCGGUAGAAACAAAAUAUGAUGCUUUCCUAAUAACAAAUGUCAUUCCCAUGUAUCCUGCUUUCAAAAAGGUUUGGAAUUAUUUCCAGAGGAUUUUGGUGAAGAGAUACGCCAUUGAACGGAAUGGAGUCAAUGUGAUUAGCGGACCAAUCUUUGAUUAUGACUUCGAUGGUUUGCAUGAUACCCCAGACAAAAUCAAACUGUAUGUGGAAGGAAGUUCGAUCCCAGUUCCAACUCACUACUACAGCAUCAUCACGAGUUGUUUAGACUUCACUCAGCCUGCUGACAAGUGUGAUGGGCCUCUCUCAGUUCUGGCAUAUAUUUUCCCUCAUAGGCCUGACAAUGAUGAAAGCUGCAAUAAUUCUUCUGAAGAUGAAUCCCGGUGGGUCGAAGAGCUCUUGAAAAUGCACACAGCAAGAGUACGGGAUAUUGAACAAAUUACCGGCUUAGACUUCUAUCGGAAGACCAGUCGAAGUUACUCAGAAAUCCUUUCUUUAAAAACAUACCUGCAUACAUUUGAAAGUGAAAUUUAACUUUCUCUUAAAACUCAGCCCACCCAUCCUCUCAUGAAGUGCUGUAUAUUUUUAUAUUAUAUUUAUUAAUUUGAAACAGGACAUUAAAAUUAUUAGUGUAUUUUUAAUCUUGCAACAAAUCUUAAAAAUAUUAAAUCGGUGUCUGUUGUGUAUUGAAUCUUUAAUGUAAAA